GAGGAGGACGAGCAGCAGCAGCAGCAGGGGCGACGCCGGCCUGCGGGACGUCCUGGCGGGCUGGAGCGCGGAGUGGGCGGCCGCGGCGGACGGCGCCCUCGAGGCGGCGCUGGCGCUGAACCCCGCCGCCGAGGCGGAUGAGCGUCUCGACCCCGGCGCCGCCGCCGCCUUCCUGGACUGCGGCGGGGAUGCGCCCCCGGGCGGCGGCCGCGCGGCCUUCUGGCCGCUCUUCCGCGACCGCUUCGCGGCGCAGGGCCCCCUCGGGGAGGACGUGGUGACCCUGGCGUACCACAAGUGGAAGGAGUGGGAGACGUUCAUCGACGACAUGGACGCCGCCGGGGCGUUCGACGGCCAGAUGACGGUGCCGCUCCCGGGGACGUUCUUUCAGAACGGAAGCGUCGUGGAGACCAGCAUCCUCGGCAAGGCGGACUUCCUCAGCACCUUCCAGCGCGCGCAGUACCAGGGGCUCUUCGGCUCCGCCCCCGCGUGGGGCCCAGACAAUCUCGCGGGUUUCCUUGCGUGCCCCAUGGGCUUCCUCCUGGUGCAGUACGUCAUAUACAUCGUGCACAAGGUUCGGGGGCAGCUGUCUCCGGAGGAGGCGAGGGACUAUUGGGAGAGCAUCUACAAGUCUUGGGCGGCCGUGCUGGGGUCCCCUGUGUUCAUCUUCGACCAUCUGGAGUCCUCGCGCUGGAACAUCACGUCCUUCGACAUCGCCGUGAACCUCAACACGCAGGAGGGCGAGUACUUCCCCACCUACGAGGCCUACUGCCUCGCCCGACCGGUGCCGCCCCCGCGCUUCCGCCCGUGGCAGGAGCUGUGGCCGGAGCACCCGCAGUGGCUCGGCAGCCCGGACCUUUGCCGGGGGCCCGGCGCCCUGAGUGUGGCGCUCGUGGGGGAGCACGGCCCCAGCUCGAAGAGCACCUGUCCGCGCUGGCCGCGGCGCUGCGCGACGGGUGCGGCGAGGGCGUGCAGGUGGAGGCUUCCCACUUCUUCACCUACGCGUGGGCGCUGGCCGGCACGGCGGAGGGCGGCGCGCUCAGCUCCUCGUUGCGCGUCGGUUGGGAGGAGUUUUGGGGCAGCCCGCUCACCGUGUCGCAGGGCCGCGACGACUCGAAGCCCCCGGAGUGGACCGUGGCGAGGGCGGUGCAGCUGCUCCGGCAGUACGCCUCGGCGGAGCCCCUGCUGGGCCGCGCGGGCAUCGUCGUGUGCAGCGAGCCGCUGUGGCUGUGCGUGCUGCUGCACGCCGCGCGGGGCCCGGGCGGCCUGCUCGUGCGCGCGAGCUCGGCGGGGCGGGUGGCCUGCUUGCUGGUCGACUUCCUGAACUUCUUCGGGCAGGGCGAGGCGGCGGAGCUGUGGCCGCUGGCCCAGGCGCUCGCCGCGGACGCGGAGCCCUCGGGCGCGCUGACCGCCACGUCGCGCAUGACGGCGGAGAUGCUGGCGUUCCAGGCGGGCAUCCGCGCGCCCUUCGUGCCCUUCCUCUCGCUGCACGUGGCCUCCGCCGCGACCUACGCGCCCGCGUCCGCGGACGUGCUCCUCUUCCGCUCCUCCAUGGCCUUCGCGCCCGCCUUCCUGCGCGUGCUGCGGCUGCUGUGCGCGGAGGCGCCCGGCGCCGCGCCGACCUUUGUGGGGAUGAACGCGACUUCGCUCAGCUUCGCGGACAUGGCCCGCUUUCGCGCGUCAGUGAUGCUGCCGCACAUCCCCAGCGCGCUCCGGCUGUCCGACGCCUACGCGAUGGGCCUCCCCGUGCUGGUGCCGGCCUCGCCGCUCAUCCACAAGAUGGUGUGGCCGCGGGACCCCCUGCCGCCGCUGGAGCUCCUGGUCGACCCGGGCGCGAACCGCACGCAGCACCCGCUGUCGCCGGCUGAGUUCCAGGGGCAAACCCUGGAGUUCCACAGGUUCCACGACGAGAGGCGCUACUGGCUGCAGUUCGUCGAGUGGGAGCUGCGCCCGCACCUGCUGCGCUUCCGCAGCGCGCGGGAGCUCAUCCAGCUGGCGGGCCUCUCGGAGCAAGAGGCCUGGGCCGUCAGCGCCAGGAUGCGCGCCCACCACGCCGACCUCAGGAGAGACGCCAUGACGUACUGGCGCGCGGCGGUCACCGCGGCCCUGGCACCCGGGAGC